CUGGCUCUGCGGGCGCCGGGCGCUGCAGCGGGCGGCCGGGGCUGCGCGCUCGGGACGCGCGGAAUGUGAGGCGCGGCGAGCCGCUGCGCACCGACGCUCGCGCGCGCGAAGGGCGGCGACCCCUCACAGACGGUCGGCCGCGCCCCGCGCUCCGCUGCGCGCCGCGCGGGUCGGGCUCUCGCCCCUCGCGCGCCCUCGUGCCCUCCUGGUGCCCUCCAGCGCGCCGGCGGGACCAUGAAGAAGUUCUCUCGGAUGCCCAAGUCGGAGGGCAGCGGCGGCGGGGCGGCGGCUGGCGGGGCCGCGGGCUCCGGGCUCAGCGGCGGCUUCGGAAGCUCGUCCAUGGGGGUCCGGGUGUUCGCCGUCGGCCGCUAUCAGGUCACCCUGGAGGAGUCGCUGGCCGAAGGUGGCUUCUCCACUGUUUUCCUGGUGCGGACUCACAGUGGGAUCCGAUGCGCACUGAAGCGAAUGUACGUCAAUAACACACCUGACCUCAACAUCUGUAAAAGGGAAAUCACAAUUAUGAAAGAGCUAUCUGGCCACAAAAAUAUUGUUGGUUAUUUGGACUGUGCUGUCAAUUCAAUUAGUGAUAAUGUAUGGGAAGUGCUCAUCCUAAUGGAAUAUUGUCGAGCUGGGCAGGUCGUGAACCAGAUGAAUAAGAAGCUGCAGACAGGCUUUACCGAGUCCGAAGUCCUACAGAUCUUCUGUGACACCUGUGAAGCAGUCGCACGGUUGCAUCAAUGUAAGACUCCCAUAAUCCACCGGGAUUUGAAGGUAGAAAAUAUUUUGCUAAAUGAUGCUGGGAAUUACGUGCUUUGUGACUUUGGCAGUGCCACUAAUAAAUUUCUCAAUCCUCAAAAAGAUGGAGUUAAUGUAGUAGAAGAAGAAAUUAAAAAAUACACGACUCUGUCAUAUAGAGCCCCAGAAAUGAUCAACCUUUAUGGAGGGAAACCGAUCACCACCAAGGCUGAUAUCUGGGCCCUGGGAUGUUUACUGUAUAAACUUUGUUUCUUCACUCUUCCUUUUGGUGAGAGUCAGGUUGCUAUCUGUGACGGCAGCUUCACCAUCCCAGAUAAUUCUCGCUACUCCCAUAACGUUCAUUGUUUGAUUAGGUUCAUGCUUGAACCAGACCCCGAGCACAGACCUGACAUAUUUCAAGUCUCCUACUUUGCAUUUAAAUCUGCCAAAAAGGAUUGUCCGGUCUCCAACAUCAGUAAUUCCAUUCUUCCAUCAACUCUUCCAGAACCGAUGACUGCUACCGAAGCCGCUGCUAGGAAAAGCCAGAUGAAAGCCAGAAUAACAGAUACCAUUGGACCAACAGAAACCUCAAUUGCACCAAGACAAAGACCAAAGGCCAAUUCCACCGCUGCCACUUCCAGUGUGCUGACCAUUCAGAGUUCAGCAACGCCUGUUAAAGUCCCUGCUCCUGGGGAAUUCAGUAACCACAAACCCAAAGGGGCACUGAGACCUGGAAAUGGGUCUGACAUCUUAAUGGUUCAGGGACCCACUCAGCAGCCACCACAGCAGCAUAGAGUUCUCCAGCAAUUACAGCAGGGAGAUUGGAGAUUACAGCAGCUUCAUUUGCAUCGUCAUCCCCAGCAGCAGCAGCAGCAGCAGCAGCAGCAACAGCAGCAACAGCAGCAACAGCAACUACUUCAAAACGCUUAUUUGCAGCAGUAUCAACAUGCAAUGCACCAGCAACAAAUACUUCAACAACAGUUUUUAAUGCACUCAGUGUAUCAGCCACAACCUCUUGCAUCACAGUAUCCGACCAUGAUGCAGCAGUAUCAGCAGGCUCUCUUGCAGCAGCAGAUGCUAGCUCACCAUCAGCAGCCGGCGCAGCAGAUGUCACCUGAGUAUCUUACCUCUCCUCAAGAGUUCUCACCAGCCUUAGCUCCCUACGCCUCUUCACUUCCAGCUCAGGUUGGAACCAUAGUGGACUCCUCUUACGGUGCCACCAGCAGGUCAGUCGCUGAGAAAGAGGCAGUUGCAAAUUUCACAAAUCAGAAGACCAUCAGUCACCCCCCUGACAUGUCAGGGUGGAAUCCUUUUGGAGAAGACAAUUUUUCCAAGUUAACAGAAGAGGAACUGUUGGACAGAGAAUUUGACCUCCUAAGAUCAAACAGGCUCGGGGAGAGCACACCCUCAGAUAAGAAUGUAGACCCGCCCCCUGCUCCACAUAGCCGUCCUCCGGAGGAGCCUUUUGCUUCCGUCCCUUUCAUUUCUCACUCAGGUUCUCCUGAAAAGAAAACGGAACAUUCUCCAAACCAGAAAAAUAUCACUGCACACCCAACCAAAAAUGGAAGCUCAAGUCCGAUAUGUAAAGCUGGACAGAAAACCUCAGAGAAUCCUGUAGUUAGGGGUCACGCACAGAAGGGAAAUGACGAGUCUGAAAGUGAAUUUGAAUCAGACCCCCCUUCUCCCAAGAGCAGUGAAGAAGAACAAGAGGAUGAAGACGCACAGGGAGAACACGGGGACUUUAAUGAUGAGGACACUGAGCCAGAGAACCUGGGUCACAGGCCUCUGCUCAUGGACUCCGAGGAUGAGGACGACGACGACAAACACAGCUCUGACUCGGAGUGUGAACAGGCUAAAGCCAAGGGAGGAGAGUCGAGCUCCUUGCGCAGAGAUAAACCUGGUGGUGCCCCGGAGCCUGCCGGUUCACCCGCGCUGACUCCCAGUCAGGAGUUCGAUGUGUUCGGUGCUGUUCCCUUCUUUGCAGUGCCCGCUCCAGAGCUGCAGCACAGAGGGAGUGGGAAGAGCGCCUCCCAGCAGAUGUUUCCAGAGCAGGAGGAAUAUGACGUGUUCACAAAGGCACCCUUCAGCAAGAAGGUCACCGUACAGGACUGGCCCGCCGUGCGGCCAGACACUCGCCCCCUGCCUGCACGACCCAGAAGUGUAGACAUAUUUGGCUCCACUCCCUUUCAGCCAUUUUCCACAGCAGCCAGUAAGAGUGAAAGCAAGGAGGAUGUUUUUGGGCUCGUGCCCUUUGAGGAAAUAACCGGGAGUCAGCAGCAGCAGCAAAAAGUCAAGCAGCGUAGCUUGCAGAAACUGUCCUCUCGCCAGAGGCGCACGAAGCAGGAGGUGUCGAAAAGCAACGGGAAGCGGCAUCACGGCACACCCACCAGCGCCAAGAAGCCCCUGAAGCCUCCCUACCGCACACCCGAGAGGGCCCGCAGGCACAAGAGGGUGGGCCGCAGAGACUCACAGAGCAGCAAUGAGUUCUUAACAAUUUCGGACUCCAAGGAGAACAUCAGCGUCGCGCUGACCGAUGGCAAAGACAGGGCCAGCGUCCUGCCACCCGAUGAGAGUCUGCUGGACCCUUUUGGUGCCAAGCCUUUUCAUCCUCCAGACUUGUGGCACCAGACCCAUCAGGGCCUAAGCGACAUCUGUGUGGAUCACACCGCCAUUCUGCCUGGGAGACCACGACAGAAUUCAGUACAUGGGUCAUUCCACAGCGCAGACGCAUUGAGAAUGGAUGACUUUGGUGCCGUGCCCUUUACAGAACUCGUGGUGCAGAGCGUCUCUCCGCAGCAGUCCCAGCCGGUGGAAUUAGACCCCUUCGGUGCUGCUCCAUUCCCUUCUAAACAGUAGACACUUCAGCGAUACUCCUGUUCAAAAAAGUAUGAAUAGUUUUAUGAAUCUGGAAGAAAUGUAUUUGUAUAGUUGUUUAUAUCAUUCACUCACCCUCACAGGUUAAUCAGGAUAGGUGAUUUUUAAAUAAACCAAAUGGAAUUAUUUGUACAGGGUAGUAAGUUGAUGCCUUCUUCAAGCAGGAGAAGGCCUAAAUCGAAAGCCAAGGGCUUUUGCUACUGACAGCUCAGAGGUUCACCCGUGGGGCUUCCUGGGAAAGCUGGUGUGUACCGCUAGGGACAGGAGAGCCAUCACUUCGGAUAUCAAGAUGUCACGUAGGGGCACACCCUAGAUCCAGCAUUUGAAGCCAGGCAGGCUGACUGUUUCCACCCACCAGGGAAGAGUCUAGAGUAUGCUCUCCAUACACUUCUCUGUAAGGUAGAGCCACAAGAAACUGACUAUUGUGCCUAAAAAACUGUUGCAUUAAAAACAAAAAACCAAGUGCCAUUAACAAUGGACUCUGUGAUGAUAAGGAUAUGAAAUGAUGUAUAUAUUAGCUCAGUCUAGCCCUUUACGGUGUAUAGAGCAAGACAUUACAUGGUAAUAUAUAUGCGGUUUUUAAUCUGUCAAGAAAAAAUUUUUACAAUGUGGAAUGCUUAAUAGAAGCCUAGAACAAAAAUAUAAAGAGAAAUAUCUGGCAUUUGAAAAAAAUGUAAAAGAAUGACACAUCAAAAAGAAAAGCACCAUCUGGUACUUGAGAAAUACUUUGUCUUUGAGUAGGUAUUUGCCAAAACCUUUAUCAUCAUGUCCCUACUGAAGUACCUUCAUAGAAAGGGGAGGGGCAGGGUAUAUAGAGAUUUAAUUUCAGAAACAAUGUAGCUGAAACUUUAAUUUUUUAAAGAAGUUUACAAUGUAAAAUCAUGUUGCAUUUACUGACACACUUAUGACAGCACUUCCCUCCUCCAGCAGGGCAGAGUCCUGGGCUGCAGUUCCUUCCUUCAGGGUGAGA